AUGCCCGCCGCAAAGCCGUACAAGCUCUCGACUUCCGGCCUGCUCUCCCCUUCCUACCCCUCUUCAUACAACGGCAUGCACCGACCUACCCCCGUCCAAUCGAGCAGCUGGCUGCCCACCCCCCCUUUGCUAGACCUCGACGCACUCGACCGGGAGCUCGAGACAAUCUCGCAGAAAUCCACCACCACCUCUCUCCGUGCCUCCCUACACGCGGAACUUGACGCAGAGAUAGACGAAAUCCUCCGUUCCCCCGCUGCACGCGCAGCAUGGGAAGACGUACAAGACGACAUGGACUCGAUCGUCCCCUCCUCCCCCUGGUCCAGUCUGUCAUCUCGGCGCUCUUCCCGCUCCUCCCGGUCAAGCGUAGGGGACAGGCCUGCCGUGUACCCAGAUCCGAUCGGCACGCCCCCACGGAAGCCUGCGUCUACUUCAUCCGAGGCUAGCUCUUCCGAGCCUGUCACCCCCUCGAGCUCGCACGCCUGUUCCCCGGUGAAGGCACCAGAGCGGAGGAAAGUCGAAAAGCGAGAGGAAGAUCACCCCUGUGUACCCUUCUGGCGCCACUGUACCCCCUCGCACCUGCUCACCCUGGAGCAUUUCACAGCGCUGAUGCUGUCUAACGGGCUGUCGCUCGUCUCCCAGGAUUGGCGGAAGAUGGACGUGAGUGAGAUGGAGAAGGAGAGGACCAGGAGGGUGUGGGAGGGCUUAUUGGAGCAGUAUGCCGCUUUGAAGGCAUAUAGGGUUAGCAGGGGGUACACAGCGGAGGAGCUUCUGGAGGAAUUGAUGUGA